AAAUUGGGAAAAAAGUUGAGCUGCAGCAUUGAAAAAUGAACAACUUCGUCUUGGAUUCGGCACAUGUCGAUAUUGCACCUUCAGAGAGAAGCACUUAUCUGGACAAUGGAUGGACUGAAAUGAUCAAUGAUGUUGAUACUAACAACGAGUGUGGAUUGGAGAUAACUUUGAAUCCUAAAGAUUUCCAUGCCGAUAAUAAUUGGAUUAUGGGAAUCGCGAAGUCAACUGAAAACGAUCAAAAUCCGCCGCCGUUCAUUUCAUACGAGACUCCACCGGAUCCGUUGUAUAACCACUCUGACACUGAUUGGGGACUUGAACAACAAGAGGAUCGGAAUGAACAAACGGCUGGUCGUGAGCUUGCAAUAAUAGAACAGCCGAGGGAGCUGAUUCUGGAAAUUACCCCACCGCAGGCUCCGUCUCAAGAUCGACUGCCAACGAUAGAAGAUUAUUAUCCGCCAAUCCAGACGAUCAACUCAGAAGGACAUGAAUUUUUUAACGAUAAUGAUAUCGAAAACACGAGAAGUGUUUCAAUUCCAAUUUCUCAAACCGAAAUUACAUCUACUCCCGUCCAUUUGUCAAUGCAGGUACAUCAAGCUCCCCACAAUAUGAUGAACAAUCAUACUACUCCACCUUUGAAUUUGCCAACUCAUAGGCCAAAAUCCUCAAUUCGAAGAAUGCCUGCAAAGAAGACACCAAGCGUGAAAAGGGUAACAAACAAAACUGCCAUCAAAAAGAUCCCUGCCGAAAAACUACCAGGAAAAAAACCUAGAAUGACAAAAAUCGAACGGAUGAGCAUGACACCCGAAGAAAAAACAAAACACAUUAAAAAACAGAACAGGACAAACACCGCCACUUACGAUUUAAAGCAAAAAAAGAAACUUGAGGAUGCGCAGAAUAAGAAUCUGGAAGUUGAAUCACUUGUGAACGAAACCAAGUAUAAGACACAACUCAGAAGGAACAAAAUUGUGGAAAAGUAUCAAGUUCUAUCGGAGCGAUAUAAUACACACUAUUUUUACGGGAGCUUCGAAGACUUCGUUGGGAAGCUCCAACAAGAGGAAUAUAGGAAAAUGAAUGAGAUAACGGCGGAAAACAGGGAAGAUAUUGGAAAUCUAAAGGAAAUGUAUUCAGCUGCUGAGAAAUUGAUAGAAACAGCGAAGGGAUCGAGCAAAACACGCGCGAAGCAAAGUGCAAAGACGAAGAUGUUAGAAUAUCAAAACAGAUGCGGAGAAGUGGAAAUCGAAAAGCUCCAAGCAAUUUCGGAAACAUUGGAGCAGAUCGCAAUGCAUAUAGAUCAAUUCGUAUUGGAAAAUGGUAUCCCUGAUGAUAUUUUCCACGACGGUCUUCGGGCAGAUAUGUUCGAACCACCAUAAAUGAUAGAGUUGUAAAAAUCCCAUUUUUCGCUGUAUAUUUGUAUAUUUUUGCUCAAUCUCGUAGUGUGCCCAGUAAUUUAAAUAUUUUUCUUUUCCCGGUACCAUACAAUUUUCUAAAAACUUUAUAUUUUAUAUUUCUUGUAAUAUGUCCGUACUUUGAAUAAUGAACCGUAUUUAUUGAUA